CCCGCGCUCGUGCCCAACUUCUUCCAAACUGUCCCGGGACGCAGAGCGGCGCUUCUCCCACUCCCCCUCAGCUUCCUUAGGAUUUUGUUUCUCAGGGAUGGCCGCAUCUAUUCUGGAGGUAGGGAAUGUAAUUGAAGACGCACGCUAUGGCUCCAGUCCUCUGGCUAUGUUAACUGCUACCUGUAACAAGUUCGGCAGCACCAGCCCAAUCAGGGAUUCGGCAACACCCGGUAAGACCGGCAGCGCAACUCCACUAAAGAAGGCCUACACGAUGACCUCUGACCUUCAGACAGCGAAGAACGGACGGAACAUAGACGGCAGUGGCCUGGCGGACUCCUACACUGGCUCCUUCACCACAGCUGGAGGAGGGGGAGGAGGUGGUGGGCUGCUUACACCCACCGGUAGCCCCCCUCCUUCCGCCGGAGGCUACGCUACAGAAUAUAACCCUUUCUCCCACUCCUUCCAGACCUCCGUCUCCCAGGACCCGUCUCUUUUAGUGUCCAAGGCCCACGCUACGGCCGAUUGCCUCACUAGUGUCUAUACCUCACUGGAUAUGACACAUCCCUAUGGCUCCUGGUAUAAAGCCGGUAUCCACCCUGGCAUUACUGCGGCCCCUGCUAAUGCCACAUCCUCCUGGUGGGACGUCCACCCCAACUCCAACUGGCUGUCAGCAACGCAGCCCCAGGCGGACGGAGGCCUCCAGGCCUCCCUGCAGCCUGUAGCACCGCAGGCUUCCCUGAGCCCACAGUUAUCCAGUUACAGCACCGACUUUACGCCCCUCAACCCAGCGCCUUACCCUUCUGUGGGACUGGGCUCCUCCUCACAUCUCCUACAGCCUUCCCAGCACAUGCUGCCCCAGGACAUGUACAAGCCCAAGCCUGUGCAAAGUUCAGGGCUGAUUGAGAGUCCCAUGGGCCUAAAGCCCGCCAGGGGAUCAGGGGGCUACAGCGGAGGGGCACCCACUAGGUCCUCAUGUGACUGCCCCAACUGCCAGGAGCUGGAGAGGCUGGGAGCCUCCGCCGCAUCCCUGAGGAAGAAGCCGGUCCACAGCUGCCACAUCCCCGGCUGCGGGAAGGUCUACGGCAAGGCCUCCCACCUCAAAGCCCACUUACGCUGGCACACCGGCGAGCGGCCCUUUGUCUGCAACUGGCUGUUCUGCGGGAAGCGCUUCACCCGCUCGGACGAACUGGAGAGGCACGUGCGCACGCACACGCGGGAGAAGAAGUUCACCUGUCUACUGUGCAACAAGCGUUUCACGCGCAGCGACCACCUCUCAAAGCACCAGAAGACCCACGCGGACACCGCGAUGCAGGGGAAAGCUGUGGCCGUGGAGGGAGACGCAGAUCCACGGAGCGAAGAGACCGCAGAGCUCAACGCCAGCGCUGUACCCACCAAUCCCGCAGGCGACCAAAUCGCCAACGGAGAUGAGAAGACUGGCACACCUAACGGAGUAGAGAACAGCAGUGGACUGUUGGAGAUCUGACUUCAUUAAAACCCUCUGUUCAGUACCAGUGUUUUGAGACAUGGUGGGUUCAGUUUCAUGGUGAAAAAUCCACCUUUUUAAUAAAAAAAAUAAUGAUUUUGUUUCAUGACGUACAAAGGACACCAAGUUUAUAAGACUUGAUAUGUUAAAUGACUGAGAAGGGAACAAUCGCUUCAUUUUGUCUGGACCACACACACACAUACACAAACACACAUGUUUCACAAGCACAAAACACGAGCAAGCCUGCAAAUUUAUACCAAUGCACAAAUGUAUGCAGGCACACACAAAUAUGACCAACCAAGCCCGGACGUACGUGAACACAAAUAUAUCAUGUGUAUUGCGUGAGCACAUACAGCACACGUGCACAGAGAUAACUAUGAGCAAAUGUGCAAGCAUAUGUAACGCAUACAUACAUGCAAGCGCUCACACACACAAACUGGCGUCUGCGCACACACACACACACACACACACACACACAAACAAGUAAACACGGUCAUGCACACAUUUUGUAGCCUACACGUAUUUUCUGCCUUUCAAAUGAGACAAACCACUGGGGAAAUUUAAUCUGCAAAAGCAGAAGGAAAAGAGCUCUGAAGCCGCAAAAGGAAAGUAGUUUUACAACGAGACUUAUGGUCGGGAUGAUGGAGUUGAUGGAGCGUUGCAUGCCUCGAGAAAAAUCUGAUUUACAGCUGUACUUUGAUACUUAUUCAUUAUUCUUGAAACAAUCACAGGACAGUCUCACAUACCGCUUCUUGUUGCCAAAGACAUUUGGUUUUGCAUUUCACUUUUGUUUGCUGUUUGCUUCUUACUAUGUCUAAUUUAAUUUCAUAUUUACAUAAACAACCUAAUUUAUGUCUUAAAUUAUACACAUGGAAGAUUAUCUUGCACCCUGUAUGAGAUAUAAUGCCUGAAAAAAAAAGAAGCAAGAUGGUUGAAGCUGGCCAAAAAUUAAAUAAAAUGCAUUAAAUUAA